AUGGCCACAUGUUAUCCAACCUACGAACUAUCCCCUCCUCAGCCACAGAGGAGUGUACAAGUGCCCAUCCAAAAGGACUAUUCGAAACCCUUACACGUCGAUUGCAGCGUCGAAUACGAACUGCCCAACACAGCUAAGCCCCCGCAGGGGGUCAGGAACGAGCCGCUGCUGAUGAUCCAUCCGUGCUACUUCAGAAAGAUCGAAAGCCAAAGAAGAAGUCCUUUUAUUAAUAAUCUUCCUAUCACCCGAGCGCCUGCAGCUGUUAAAAGGAGGAUGCCCAGGGGACAGCAGUUGCCCCAGCAGGUACCGCAGCAAGCAGCUCAGUAUCCGGUGCAGUAUUCCACGACGGAUAGACAAAUUUGGGAGUUGAUGCCACCUUUAGUGCCAAUUACUGCUAGCGUUGCUGCUACGCAGCCUUACUGCAAGAGGGAAAGGUUAUUAUCCACGGUUUGCGAACAUAGUUAUAAUACUAAUGACGAUUCCACUCUUUGGCCCGAUCCAGAACAUUCGCCUGAUCGUCCCAAAGAGAAACACAUACUCUCUGGUAAAUAUAGGCAGUAUUUAAGGGCUCAUAGACUUCAUCCGUAUGUUAGUGCGGGAAUACCGCUGGCAUCGACGUUUUCCCAGAUCCAGCAAGUUUGCUAUAACGUCUGA